CGUUGGGUAUGCCGCUAAGCAUAUUUAGAGAUGUGACUAACAGAUACAUGAUUUGUCCCUUCUACUGUAUAGAAGUAUAAUGUCAAUGGGCCCACUGGUAGGACUUGGGAAAGUGCAUGGCCAUGCCCAGAUAUGUCGCUACCCAGAGACUGAUAAAUAUCUGAUCCCUGCCAGUCUACUUGAGAUUCAGCUUGAAGGUUUUAACUCCAUCUUUAUUCCGGUUGACAGAGAGGGUGGCUCCAGGUUCUAUAAGGCCAUUGACUCCUUCUUCGGUAAAGUCAAGCUAUCUGGUGCUCAGCAAGUCUCAUUUGUCCAAAUAUCAAAAGGAGAACCCAGUACUAAUUCAGGUUUCGGUCAAGCUGAGGUAACUAUUCAAGGAGAUGCUGCUCUUCAUUCUUUGACUGAUACCAAGGAGGCUACUUCUACGAGCUUUGCAAGCGAUCAAGCAUCAGUUGGAAAUGAAGAUGUACAUGUUACAGAUUCUGUUGCUUCAAAAUUGACAGUGGCUGGACACUACGAACAUCUUAAGAAGAAGCCUCCUAGCUUUCAGUUUCAACUAGGAUGUUUUUGGUUCUUAUGGAUGCACCAUGUAUCUUCCCAGCAGAGCAUUUCGGUUUCUGCUCUUCCUCCAGCUGAUAAAUCUGUGAACUUGGAUUUAGUAAAGAUUCCUUCAAUUGAACUAUCAGUUGAUUCCAUACAAGAGGAGGUCAUGGGGGAAACUCAAGAACACACUCCUCUGUAUCAUGGAAACAAUGAGUCUCUUCCCAUUAUUGAAUGUCCUGAACCUAUCCUAGUAGUUUAUCCUGAGAAUGAGGGAGUUCGAGAAGAAAGCUUCUCCGCCAAAGACUUUCAUUCAGACACUGAGCUUUAUGUGAAAGAGGAUAACUUUGAAUUCCAAGCAUUCUUCAGAGAUAAUGUGGAGUUUGACCCUGACCCGGAGCCAACAAGAAUGUGGUACCCGGAUGACGGUAUCGAGCCCGAUGACCAUCUCCAACGCUGGGGAGGACCAAAGGGACUUACUACUGCCUUAAUUCGCAAUAAUGAUCAAGGUCGGAUCAUCUUUGAGAGGGGAUGCGUUAGAGGAACUAGCCCACCUGCUCCUAGAAAAAGUCUCAGACUUGCUAGGCGUAGACGCCCUCCAUCCCCUAUUCGUUCUGAGAUAUCUCAAACUUCUGAUGAUAUUUGGUGUUUUUGAACCACGGUUUACUAUUUUUUGGUCUUGAGUAGUGGUGUUGAGAGAGUGUCCUUGGAAUUCUGCUUAGUGGAGAUAUAGUUUGAUGGUGGUAUUAUGUUUUAUUCUUUAUUAAGUGUGAAGUUUUUGAUUUUGUUUUCAAUUACUGCUUUAGCCAAAGAAAACAAAAGAAAUAAGUAGGCAGUUUUAACUUUGAGCAGUUUCCUGCAUAUUUUGUAUGAUACUCUCUUUGAGGCACCAACAGGAUGGGAUUUGUAUUGCUUGGUGCUAAAUCAGGAUUUGGGUAUGCUU